AGAAAAAAAAAGAGAACCGCAACUUGACUCAAACUCACAAACCCAACUUGAGGUUUCCCUUUUGCAAGUUGUGGUUUUCAAAGUACAAAAACAGACAGCCAGAAAAUUCUGGCUAAGCCUUGCCCCACAAAUUGAUUGCUUCUACCAGCGCUGGCUAUGAAUCCGUAUCGUAUCGUCAUCCACCAACGCCUAACACUCAACACCCAACCCCGUUUAACGUGAGACAUGCUAAUACCUCCCUGCUUCAACAACACAGCUCUCUUCAAGGAGGAUGAAGAAGGAAAUCUUAGACAUAUUAGUCCUUUAAUGUUGUGGAGUUUGCUAAAAUUUCUUCGUUUCAUUGGCAUCGUUAGUCAAUUGUGAAGCAAGAUUGAAUUGUGAGCAUACGUAUGGAUUAUCUGAUUGUCAUUUGAACCCACGCUGCGGCGAGUCUUUUCAUCAUGCCCCACAGCUCCUUGUUUCGGUACUUUAAACUCUUGAUGUCUUAGAGAAACAUGUGAGGGUCUUGCAUUUGGGGAUUCCGUGUUUUCGUGUGUUGUUUUAAGGAUAAAUACAAUUAUGUGCUUCACAUUAAUUUUUAAUCCAAAUCAUGCAAAUAAAACUUGUGGACUAGUGGAUUUUCCCCUUGCUAUAAGAUUGGUUGUCUGGGUUUAAGGGCAAAGUGGGAAUCAUUGGGUUUUGAGUAUUCCUUGUUCUCUCCAGAGAUUAAUUUAUGGUUAAACUCCAGCAAUUUUAAUAUCUUAGAAAAAGAAAGUUGUAAGAAAUGUGAUAAGGUGAGUGCAUGUGUAUGCAUUGUGUUAUCUGCAGGAACUUACCAAUAAUUUCUUCAUUUCUACAGGAGAGUGCCUCCUAGUGUGAUCUAUAAGAUUUUAAGUUUUCGUUGGGGGAAUCAAUUGGCUGUGUUUUUUUAGAAUACAGUUGAAACAUAAUUGUACCAAUGCUGAUACAUGAAUACACUUAGAAGAUGGUGAUGAUGAGAGAUAGUAAUUGAAGAAGUGGGUCGUUUUGGAAAAUUUUAGAAGAACCCUGCCAGAAAAAUAAAAAUGGGAUUGCCACAGCUGUGUUCAGGCUGCACGGCUGAGGAAGUGGCAGCAUCGCUAGGCACAUUUGUGCAAACUAUGCCUAGAGUAACCAGCAUAAGCAACUACAGGGUGAACUUUUUGGCUUGUGAAGACCUGGGUAAUUGCAUGCACACUGAUGUGCUUAAAUCUGAAAGAAAAAAUGUUCCAGAGCUUUCAAAAGAAUCACACGUUUCAAGUAUGUGUAAAGAUGCUACGUUAAAGGUUGAUCCCAUAGAACAAAUUGGCAGGUUAUCUGUUAAUGCUAGGGAAAGUAUGCAGAAACCUAUACCUAGGACAGUAGGUUUUCAAAUAAGAGCAUCAACACCUCGUGUUAAUGGUUAUGAUGGAAAUGAAUUUUCGUCAACUGUGUUUAAAGUCACCAGUGAGGCAACUGAAGCUUCUGAGUCACAAGUCAGAAAGCGGUUAUUGUCACCUUUGAACGGGAUUCUGCUUACGGAUCCUUUUAAAGGUGACACACUAGACAUUGGUGGUGGUAUUUAUCAAUUUCGUUCGGUUGGUGAUGAUAAUUCUGUUCUUUCACAUGAGUAUAAGAAGGUUCAUAUUGGAAACAACAAUCGUAUCCUCUCCGAGAUCUGCUCUACAUCUUGUUUUCAGGGAUUUACUAUGUCAUCGUGCAAUGACUCUAAUAUGAACCAUAUUGUAUCUACUAGUCAUCACCAUUCACAUUGUGAACAUGCAAAACCAUGGUCUUAUAAGCAGUUCAAAUCAUCUUCAGUACCUAAUGUUUCUGUAGAGACACCACCUCCUUUCCUUUUGUCUCCUCUGGGUAAAGAAUCUUCUAAAAAUAAAAAUUUGGGGGGAUACAGAAAUAUUGAUAUUAUCGUGGAUGAUGACAAUUUGACUUUUAAAAAUGUUGAACAAAUUGCUAGAACUUGUGAAGGCAGUUUAUCUGCACUGGAGAUACCAAGUAAAUCAAAGCUGAAUUCCAACAAUAUGCGGGAAAAGACUGACCUGUUUACUACUGAUAACAUAAUAGAUUUGAAAGAGUGUUGGACUCAUCCUGGUAGCUUUCCUCCUCAGGAUGCCAAAUUAUGUGGAACUGUGAGUAGACUGCCAGUUAGAAGGUCCCUGGUUGGUUCAUUUGAGGAAUCUUUGCUAUCUGGUCGCCUACUAUCUGGGAAAGUUUGUCAGAAAAUUGAAGGCUUUCUUGCCAUGCUUAAUGUAACUGGAGGCAAUUUCUCACCUCAAUCACAAAAAAUACCAUUUGCUGUAACCAGCGUCGAUGGUGACAAGUACUUACUUUAUUAUUCAUCAAUAAAUCUUUUAGGAAAGUUAUUAUCAAGCAAGGCUAGAGUUGCCAAAUUUCAGAGAACCCUUAGCAUGGCUGAAUCACGAUCUGAAAAGCCCCGCUUACGUAUACCUAUGAAAGGACGUAUUCAACUGGUUCUCAGCAAUCCAGAGAGAACACCUAUCCAUACCUUCUUCUGCAAUUAUGAUUUGAGUGACAUGCCAGCUGGUACCAAGACAUUCUUGCGGCAAAAGGUGACUUUAACUGCGUCUGGAUCGAAGUCCAUGAUGGGUAAGGAAAGCCAAAAAGAUUAUGAUAUUAGAGAUGAUGACAAGCCUCCGAUGAUCAUGGCCACCAGUCAUGGAGAUAAAGAUCUUCUCACCUCAAAAUGCGGAGAGUUUGAUAGUUUUACAUGUUCAAAGGCUGGCAUUUUGCUUUAUGCUCUUCACCUUCGCUUUAUGUGCCCUUUUCCUAAAAGACGUUCAAGGUCUGUUCAUAAGUGCAAAUCUGACACUCUCUCUGCAGAAGUGAGAAAUAUUGUUGACAUUGAACCUGAAAGAAGCUUCUACUUGUAUGAUGAUAUGAGGGUAGUGUUUCCUCAUCGUCAUUCAGAUUCUGAUGAGGGCAAGUUACAUGUGGAAUAUCAUUUCCCUUCUAAUCCAAAAUACUUCGACAUCAGCUACUGAAAUGCCUCUGGCCCCCUCAAUGGUUUUUUGUAUAUAUACAGUUGUAAAUAUUGUACACAUACAAUUCAUUUCUUUCUAUUUUUGGUGCCAUUUGCCUCCAUGUAACUAAUAAUUUGUAAUAUAUGUAUUGUAGCUGUUCAUAUUUGAUACAUAGUACUAUUUUCUUUGA